AUGAAACGUUUAUCUAAAAAAGGUCGACGAAAUCAAAAAAAUCGUCGACAACAGCCAACACCACCACCACCACCACAAGAACAACAACAACAACAGCAACAAGUUUAUCAACAACGAAUUGUUGUACCAGUGAGAGGCGUUUCGUUGUCGUUUUGUAUCACCUCGGCUAGUCCGAUGGUGGUACAAAUAGUAUCACCAGUUCCGGUGAAUAUUUCACCGGUUCCUUGUGGUGUUGGUGGUCAGCUUCAACAUGCUGAUAGUGUUGGUGGUGGUGUUGGUGGUGCUGGUAGGGUGGUGGUGAAGCAUGACACAGAAGAGUGUCAUGAUUAUAGUCAAUUUUUAAUUGACAAUAUUAAAUAA